AAAUUGAGCAAAUAUAUAUAUAAGCCAUAACGUAAAAUGGAUUCUGCCGCAGCUGCCGCCGCCGCCAAGCGCGUGCAAAUCGAGAAGGCGCACAACUUUAUGCGCCAAUAUCGCGAUCCCGAAUCGCGCGAGCUAAAGAAACUAUCAGCCAAUCAGUUCAUGGAUGUGUGGGCACACUACGAUAAGGACGGCAACGGCUAUAUUGAGGGCACCGAGCUGGAUGGGUUUCUGCGCGAGUUUGUGUCCAGUGCCAAUGUGACAGACAUAAGUCCAGAGGCUGUCACCGACACAAUGCUGGAGGAGCUGAAGUCCUGCUUCAUGGAGGCCUACGAUGAUAAUCAGGAUGGCAAAAUCGAUAUCCGAGAGCUUGCCCAACUUUUGCCCAUGGAAGAAAAUUUCCUUUUGCUCUUCCGCUUCGAUAACCCCUUGGAAUCAAGCGUCGAAUUCAUGAAGAUCUGGCGUGAAUACGACACUGAUAAUUCUGGGUACAUUGAGGCGGAUGAACUAAAGAAUUUCUUACGUGACUUGCUCAAAGAGGCCAAAAAGAUCAAUGAUGUCUCCGAGGAUAAGCUCAUUGAAUACACAGACACCAUGCUUCAAGUGUUCGAUGCCAAUAAGGAUGGUCGUUUGCAGCUCUCGGAAAUGGCCAAACUACUUCCGGUUAAAGAGAACUUCCUUUGCCGUCAGGUAUUCAAGGAGGGCAUCGAUGGCGCCACCAAGCUAACCAAGGAGGAUAUUGAGAAAGUAUUUUCGCUAUACGAUCGCGACAACAGCGGCACCAUUGAGAAUGAGGAGCUGAAAGGUUUUCUCAAGGAUCUCCUCGAGCUGGUCAAGAAGGACGACUAUGAUGCCCAGGAUCUGGCUGCCUUUGAGGAGACAAUCAUGCGUGGCGUCGGCCGUGAUAAGCAUGGCAAAGUUUCGCGCAAGGAGCUCACCAUGAUACUUUUAACCCUGGCCAAAAUCUCGCCCGAAGACGAGCAGUAAAUUGGGCCAACUAGCUAACGCAACACAUAUACAUAUAUUUUUGUUACCAAUUUGGGUAAACUAAUGCAAAUGGGGCGAGUAUUUUUGGCCGCAAGCCAAUGAACAAAUUUGAUUACUUUAUAAAACUGCCCGCAAACUAGGCGCAGCUCGAGGACAUAACCUCACAAAUGCAAAUUA